AUGGCUCGUGUGUGUCAGGGGAGUGUGUCUUUGUUGCACUCCUACAGCGAAAUUGAUUUAAAUUGUUUCGCCUUUCAAGAAAUUGAAAAAGAGAGGAAGACGGACGAUAGGAGCGAUGACGUCGAUGAUGACGUCAACAACAGUGACGACAACAUCGACGACGACAACUAUUAUGAUUACAAUGACGUCGACCAUGAUGGAGCUGGCGGUGAUUCUAACGAUCCUGAUGACGAUUUUGUUUUUAUGAAAGUUCCAUUAAGCGAUCGUACGUGCAAUUCAAAGAGAAAACAUGUUGUUAAAGUCUCUUACAAUCAGUUGCUUCAAGUUUUUGUUCUGCAACCCUCACAACUGCAACAAGAGCAACAAGAAGUGCGUCAAAAAAAUUUUUUUAAGCGACAAAAUGAACAACGAUACAGAAGACAGAACCAGCACCUGAAGAAACAUCGACACCAGAAAGAUUAUUCCUCCUCCAGCUAUAACAUGAAACGCGAUUCGAAGAAAAGUAAUUCAACUAGUAAUUAUCUCCCACUUCCCAACAAUCUGCGCGGCAUCAACAUUAUUACAAACUCUAAAAAUAACAUGAAAAGAGUUCAAGCCGAUAAAAAUCAUGAAAAUAUAAUGCCAGUUAAUGACGUUAAUGAACCGGGUAGUUACGAGGGAGAUGAUGAAUUUAUUUCAAAGAACUACAAACACCGGGUGAAUGAUCUUCUUGUAAAGCAUGAAGCAUUGUUCAUCGGAGUUUUCACUCAGGCGCAUCAACUGCCGCUUCAUCAUCCACAAGAAGAAACAACCGCUACUUCCAUAAGUGCAAACCAUCUUGACAAACGUAAUUCAAAGCGCAAAAACAAUGAUGAUGACGACAACGAUGAGGAAAAUAAUUAUGAAGAUGUAGUUGACGAAGGUGAAAGCGAGGACGACGACGAAAAUGAUGAAGAUGCGCACAUUGGAAAGGCUGGUGAUGCGCCUAUAAACCACCGGUCCAAUGACCUAACCGGCCAUUUCACUACUUACACUGAUUACAACAAUGACGAUAACCCUGGCACGAGCCAUUCAAACAAGACGAGUUUUAAAAAUAUUAGACACGCAUACCGACCUCGCAACACUGCCAUUGCCAUCAUCUCAAUGGCUCAGAUGAAUCAAUUUUUUUCCUCCUCCAUACAACGCUGUUUCAAAGGUGAAGGUAGCACGGGGCCCGACCAUUACGUACAUCCAAACGCCUGCUUCAACACGAUGAAGCAUGCAAACACUCGGUCAGGUCAGAACAUAAACACGCACUUCAAACAAACUUCGGCCCAAAGUGAUAGCACAACCACAGCUCAGAGUAGUUCAGAGUUAUACCACAACUGGAUGAAAAUAAACAACAGCCUAACAGACUGCGGAGAAAAUUGCUAA